UCUAACAAAUUACUUUUCCAAACUGGCUUAAAACAUAUUUACUACUACAUACUAUUUAUUAGGUUUAUUAUUAUUCUGAAAUUCCAUUUUAAAACAAGCAAUUCUUGUCAUGAAAAUGUCACUAUUUGGUUGAAACUUUUGAAAAAUUCCAAAUUAACAUCUAAAUUUAAGGGCCAGGGGACAUUUUGCUUUUUGAAGCGAGUUCAGGAUGGUUUGCCGCUUCAAUCCCUUUUAUAUUGGACCAGCACCGCCGAGCUGCUGUACAGAUCGGAAUCCCGACUGCGAUUGUCCGCCCUGCUCGCCAGAUACAGGGUAUCAGGAGCCUCGACCCGUUCACGAGGAGUGCAAUAAGGGAGUGUCCAAGAAGGAAACCAAGGAGAGCAAAUGUAAUCCUCCGUGCAAGGAAGCCCCCAAGAAGGAAAAGGCCAAGAAGUCUGAAAAAAAAGAUACUAAAAAAACCAAAUAAAUGGAGUUUGUCCCUAAUU